AUUAGAACAUAGAAGAACCCGUGACCCCCAUAUUUUCACUUGAUAGUCUCUGCUAAACAUCUGUCAUUCCACCUAAAAGAGAAAAACAGGUUUGUUUAUAAAAUGCUUUCAAUAAGCCCUACUCUCGUAAUACAUCUCUCAACAACAUUCUCAUUCUCCUUCCCUCGCUCCACCCCCCACCACCGCCCCCCUUCCCGGCCCUUUCUCCACGUCAAUGUCGAAUUUACGACGUAUGUUGUGUAUUACUCUGGUUCUUCUCCUCCUUAAUCCAAACCAAACGCUGUGCCACACCAAAGGUGUCCGACCGAGGAAGUCAGCGGGCGUGAAUUUGUCGACCAAUGUGACAAAAACCCAGUUGGCAGAACAGCAAUUCAUGAAGUGGGUUAAAUUUGUUGCAAGCCUUAAACACUCACUCUUCUCCACAGCAAAGAACAAGCUCUUCCCAUCUUAUAUUCUUACUGUUAGUAAAAAUCCAGCUGCCGGAGAUUUUACUUCAAUUCAGGACGCCAUCGAUUCACUUCCAUUCAUCAAUCUUGUUAGGGUGGUUAUCAAGGUCAAUGCAGGAGUUUAUACGGAGAAGGUGAAUAUACCACCAUUGAAAUCUUUCAUAACCAUAGAAGGAGCAGGAGCAGAUAAAACAAUUGUUCAAUGGGGAGACACAGCUCAAACGCUUGGGCCGAGAGGGCAACCGAUUGGUACCUUCAAUUCCGCGACUUUUGCUGUGAAUUCCGCUUAUUUUAUAGCUAAGAACAUCACUUUGAAGAACACAAACCCCCUUCCACCUCCAGGAGCAGUUGGAAAGCAAGCAGUAGCAUUCAGAAUUUCAGGAGAUACAGCAGCCUUUUUGGGUUGUAGAUUCUUGGGCGCACAGGAUACACUCUAUGAUCAUCUGGGUAGGCACUAUUACAAAGACUGCUACAUUGAAGGCUCCGUGGAUUUCAUCUUUGGCAAUGGCCUGUCACUGUUUGAGGGAUGUAAUGUGCAUGCAAUUGCUCAGAACUAUGGGGCAGUAACUGCCCAAAACAGGAUGAGUCUACUGGAAGACACGGGGUUUUCAUUUGUGAACUGUAGGGUCACGGGCUCAGGAGCUCUCUACCUCGGGAGGGCAUGGGGUACAUUCUCUAGGGUCGUUUUUGCCUACACGUACAUGGACGAUAUUGUCAUUCCCAAAGGCUGGUAUAACUGGGGAGACCCCAACAGGGAAAUGACGGUGUUCUAUGGACAGUACAAAUGUACAGGACCUGGAGCAAGCUACGCGGGAAGAGUUUCAUGGUCCAGAGAACUCACAGAUGAGGAGGCCAAGCCUUUUAUCACACUGAGCUUCAUUGACGGAUCUGAGUGGAUCAAAUUGUAAACUUUUUCACACCACCCCAUUCUCACGCCCUCCAUAAGUUUUAAAAUAAUGUUGAUAAUAUGUUAAUGAAAAUGUUAUUUUUGCAUCUCCCAACUCUUGGAUUUGGAUUCUUUAUUUAUUUUUUUUUCUUUUUCUUUUUCA